CUGGAGUUCCUGCAGGGCCUGAGCGACGCCGGCAAGAAGGAGGCGCUGCAGUCCGCCAUGGCCUGGUGCUCCACCAAGGAGCUGCGCAGCUUCUGCAGUGGCAUGGGCGUGCGCGUCCGAAGCAAGCAGUACGCGGUGUACCACACCAAGGCCGGCUACACGGAGCUGCUGACGCAUCUGCUGCGUGCCAAGAGCGCCAGCCAGGGGCUCACGGUGGGGCCAGCGCCGUCGCCGUCGAUCGUCGUGACGCCCGUGCAGCGCACGCGCAAGACCAAGAACUGCAACCUGCGCCUGCUCAACGUGCUCUUCUCCGAGGCCAUGGCGCCCUUCCUAAGCGGCAUGAACGCCGAGCCCACACAGGCGGCGGCGGGGGCCGUGGGCGGCAACAACGCCUUCUGGACCAGGUUCCGGGCCGAGUUCGUGAGCGCCAAGGCCGAGUACAGCCGCGUGGCCUUCCAGGAGAGCUGCCUCACGGGCUUCAACCUCUCCACGCCCGUGCCGCACUCCUGUGUCAAGCUGAGCGAGAUGUGGACGGAGCUCUGGAUGGCGUACAACAGCGCGCUCAUCCGGUUCACGCACUCGACGGACCCGAACUUGGAAUUCGUGGACUGCUGCCCCAGUCGGAGCGAUGUGUUCUACAUGCGGUGCUGGCUGACGGUCAAGCCGGACCUGUUGUCGGAGAUCUGCGCCAAACUGCCAGCAAGCAUCGGGCUGGGUGGCAUCUCGCUGGGCGCUCCUGCGACUGAGAACGAAGAACGAGCAUUCUUGAUGCAGUCUAUCAAGCAUGCGGUUGAAGUGAUGACGAUGGCUCGUGGAGCGGAGGUGGCCCCGGACGUGAUGGAGACUGUAAAGUGCGAGCUGCAGCAGUGCACAAAACGUUUGAAGAGGAUCCAGCAGGAA